UCAUCACUGUUCGCUUGUUUGUCGUCAGGGUGCCGAGGUGCGCGUCACCGGUCAGAUUACCGGACUCGGCGCGGGGCUCCACGGAUUUCACGUGCACGAAUUUGGAGACAACACGAACGGCUGCACCAGCGCGGGCCCGCACUUCAACGCCGAAAACAAUCAGCAUGGCGGUCCGAAUGACAAGAACAGAUUUUGGCAGAUCCACGCGGGCGUCGACGACCUCGGCAAGGGCGGCAACGAGGAGAGCCUGAAGACCGGCAACGCCGGCGCCCGUCUAGGCUGCGGCGUCAUCGGCAUCGCCAAGUAGGACGCCGCUCGAAGAAAAAGCGGAGAAGCUAACUCGGGGAAAAAAAUUACGUGUCGCGAUUUCGCACCGAUGGAAUACGUGAGAGUAGUUUUACCUUUCAUGUCCUCGGCAAGCACUUAGUUCCGCGUUUUUCCACCGGGUGGCAGCACCGUAUCUGUGAGGGCAGACUUAGAUUGUUCGUGCGCGCACGCGUACGCAGAAUUUCACGUGUUAGCAUCAGCGAAUUUUUUGUCACCGGAGGGUGGCACCGUAGCUGCGAGGGGAGACUUAGAUAGGGGCAAGGGGAUAGGGACUUAGGCAGGGGGUUUAAUUUCAUGUGUAAGCAAGCAGUUUUUUCCUCGCACGAGUACGGUCGACCAACCGUGGAAAAUUAGCAUACAGUAGCUUUUAGCUAAUUUGGCAAGCUAACCUUUUCGUUUCGAUCGAUGCGAUCAAUCUGUUAACCGAUCAUAGAUAACCAAUCAAUCAUGUGCACUGCAUCUGUAACUGGAUUAUUGUGUCUUAAUAAAGCGGGUAAAAUUAUGGCAUGCACACAAU